CUUUCACCGAAGAAGACGGUGGGUCUGAGAUCCACAUCUUUUCUGGAGCUUCGCUCUGGAUAGCCCAACUGAGCGAAUCGUGGCUCCUUCAGGGCCACAGAGCCUAUCUCGAAGGAAACCCUCCUCUUCUACCUCUUCCUCACCACAAACCCCAGUUUCAAGGCCGACGCGGAUUAUUCACAGUGGAACAUCGCCUCCUUCUCAGUCCGAUCUCCCUUUUUGGCAGCAGAACUGGUUCAUCGUCUUCCUCUUUUUCAUGGCGAUCUCCUUCUUGGUUCUCGCUCUCUUUCUCUACGUCGGCAUUGACUUGGAUCAGAGCGCUCCUUCUUCCGCUUCGGCCGCCGCCUCCGAAGGUGUUGAGAUUACGUAUGGGUCGGUGCUUAAAUUGAUGCAUGAGAGGACAAAUUUCCGGCUGCAUUCACAUGAUGUCCCUUACGGCUCCGGCAGUGGACAGCAGUCAGUGACUGGUUUUCCCAGCGUUGACGAUUCGAAUAGCUACUGGAUCGCUAAGCCAGUGCUGGACUCAUCUGCCAAACAAGGUGAUAAAAUCAAAGCUGGAACUAUUAUCAGGUUGCAGCAUAUGAGGACUCGGAAAUGGCUGCACAGCCACCUGCACGCAUCUCCAAUAUCGGGCAACCUGGAGGUGAGCUGCUUUGGAGGAGAAGAUGAAUCUAAUACUGGGGAUUAUUGGAGGCUUGAAAUUGAGGGUGGUGGGAAAACAUGGAAGCAAAACCAGAGGAUCAGGCUUCAGCAUGUGGAAACUGGUGGUUAUCUACACAGUCACAACAAGAAAUACCAAAGGAUAGCUGGAGGUCAACAGGAGGUUUGUGGUGUUCGAGACAAACGGCCUGACAACGUUUGGUUGGCAGCAGAAGGGGUAUAUCUCCCGGUCACUGGAACCAAUUAGAGUUAGUAUCUCUGCUCUAAUUAACACUGAAAAAUCAAAACAGGACAGUAUUUCUGGUUGUGGAUAGUGAAAGCAAUAGUUCUUUGAGCAAAAGAAUCACAUUUUAUUGAAACGGGUAACUAGCUGUGUGACAGAUUCCAUCAAUUAAUUUUUAUGUCAAGAACCCCAGUUUUGAUCUCAAGGGGACUAACCACUCUGUGGAGUUCGGGCAACUUCUGCACCAAUCUUUGAGUAGAUUUUGUAGAAUAUUUGUGUCUGGUUUGUGCAUCUGAAUUUCUUAACUCUAUACUGC